CCCACCUCCUUUUCCUAUCUACGAGCUUGGAAAAGGGCUUCUUCCCCUCUUGCCUCCUCCCUCAACUACCGCUAUCAAUGAAGGUGAUCUGAGCUACGAUUUCCCCUUCGCCUUCAACAUUAUUGCUCCUACGCACAUCGGCAUGUUCCCAUUUCCUCGAAUUUGCCAUCGUCUUUCUCUUCUCAUCCCCUCUCGCCUCGUCCAACAACUGGCACUAUCAAUGAAGGAGAUCUCACCUAAUACCUUGUAAUCUUUUAUAACUCUCUCUUUUCUCGAUUAGGACGCCUUCUUCUCUCCACUCCUGUCGCUGUUUCUCUCAAUCACUGUUAUCAUUUAGCUAGAUCUCAUCCAGAUCUGCCUUCCUCAUGGACAACCCUCUCAAAAUCUUGGGGUGUUUGUAUUUAAUGGGUUUAUAUUUGUAAGGCAACCCACAUCUCUUCGUUGCCUGCCUGGUUGUGUGGUCAAUUCGGCCAUUUAUUGCUACCAACGGCUCUUCAGGUAAAGAACUUAUUAUUCAAGAGGCUUUCCUUCUAUAAAUUCAGUAUUGUUCUCUGUCGAUUAUUGAGCUAUUCUCUUGUGAUCACAAGAGAUUUGAAGGAAACUUGAGCUGAAAUAUAUUUCAGUUGCACAUGAAAUAAAGCAACAAUGGAAAGGUCCCAAACGAUGAAGCGAAAAUUGCUGGGUUCGGAUCUGAACACAUUUGAUUCGAUGGAGAGUUAUAAAAAAAAGGCGAUGAUGUAGGGGCAGGUCAAUGAGGGGUAUCCAUGGCAGGGUGGCAUGUUUUUACAACAAUUGCAGCCGUCAUGAUGGCUCCUCCCAAAAAGACGGUGCAUACUUUUGCUAAAAACAAAGCCCCGAUAAUUGAUGUCCCAUCGACUGAUAGCCAAAGUAUAGAUUGCCCUAUGCAAGAGUCAUCGAAAAGUAGAGUUCGAUCUUCUAACUGGACUGAAAAAAUGGAUUCUGCAAUGUUAAACUUAAUGACAGAGGAGCAUACCCUUGGAAAUUUUGUGAAUGGAAGUUUCACUCCAUUAGCAUGGACCAAGAUGGUUCAUGACUUCAAUGAGAGGACAAAAUUGAGUUUUACCAAAACCCAUUUGCAAAACCGAUUGAAAGUAUUGAAGCGUCAGUAUCUAACCUAUCAAACAUUAGCCAACAAAAGUGGAUGGGGGUGGGACUGCACACGCAACAUUCCAACCGCCGGUGACCCAAGUGAUUGGGAAGCGAUCAUAACAGAAAAUCCGGCGUAUGCGAAAUGCAGGGACAAGCCAUUUCCUGCAUAUCAAGCUAUUGAGUUUUUAUCCGGAAAAGCAACUGCAACCGGAAGGCAUGGAUUUACUUCUAUGAUGGAUGCAGACGAUGCUCGCAGCACCUCUUCAUCUUCACCAGCUACACAACGACUUAACAUGGAGAGUUUGGGAAAGAAUUUGGAGGAUGUUAAUGAUGCAAAUUCAACUUCCCCAACCCCAACUCCAGUCAAAGUACCAAGCCAAUACACUGACAGUGCCUCUGCUCCGACCUCUUCAAUGAAGAGGCUUCGUGUGUCACCACCUAUUCCUACACCAACUUCAAAUCGUCGACGAAAAAUUGAUGAUCGAUCUGAAGCUAUGAGUGAGCUUGUUCAGUUAGGGAGAAAGAGAACGGAAAUAGCAGAAACCAUAAUGCAACGCGAGCUACAAGCACGACCAAAAGUUCACUCCAUAGAGGAGUGCAUGGAAAGAUUAACUACUGUUGCUCAUUUGUCCCCUGAUGGUCUACUGGCUGCCUGUGAGGCUUUAAAAGAUGAGCGUAAUCGACCAAUCUUUAUGACAUUGAGUGGCGAACUUUUAUAUAUGUGGAUCGACCGUCAAAUUUCCAUGCAACAGCUGUAUGCAACACAAAGACCUGCUGCUCCUUUUCCACCGGCUACACCUUCUUUUUCGCCUGCUGUACCCUUCUUCCCAGCACCAUCUACACAGUACACUCCAGGAUCAUCCUCUUUUCCAGCUGCAUUCUUUCCUCCUACCGUAUCAACUUUUCCUCCAGGAGCACCUUCCUUCCCUUCAAAUGCACCCUCGAACCCUCCCGAAGGACCACCUUUUCCUCCGAAUUAGAUAACUAUUAAUAUGCACCACUUUUUGUGGUCUUGCACUUUUUGCUAGUACUAUCGGUUAGCAAGGCCUUAAACUAUUCCCUAUUUUCUGGACUUGUGCUAUUUCUGUUUAGUAUGUUUCAAUUAGUGUGUUUUGUUGGACUAUUUACAAUGCGGUAUUAGGUAUAUGCUAUAUAUUAGAUGCUAAAAUCUGCAUAUCCUGAAUUCCGGUGCAUGUUUUCAAACCUGUAUACAUGUUUUACUCU